AUGGGAGCAGGGAACCACACAGAAGUAUCAGACUUCCUCCUCCUGGGUCUCUCAGAGGAUCCUGAACUGCAAACCCUGAUCUUCGGAUUGUUGCUGUCCAUGUACCUGGUCACUGUGUUCGGGAACCUUCUCAUCAUCUUGAUCAUCAGCUGUGACUCCCACCUCCACACCCCCAUGUACUUCUUCCUCUUCAAUCUGUCCUUUGUCGACAUCUGUUUCACCUCCACCACUGUCCCAAAGAUGCUGGUGAACAUCCAGGCACAGAGCAAGGACAUCUCCUAUGUAGGAUGUUUCACUCAGAUAUAUUUUUUUAUGAUUUUUGCAGGACUUGAUGGUUUCCUCUUGACUGUGAUGGCCUAUGACAGGUUUGUGGCCAUCUGCCACCCCCUGCACUACAUGGUCAUCAUGAACCCACGCCUCUGUGGCCUCCUGGUUCUGAUGUGCUGGUUCAUCAUUUUCUGGGUCUCUCUGCUUCAUAUUCUACUGUUGAGGCAGCUGAAUUUCUGUAUAGGCACUGAAAUUCCACACUUCUUCUGUGAACUGGCUCAGGUUCUCAAGUUAGCCUGCUCUGACACCUUCAUCAAUAACAUCGUCUUGUAUGUGGCCACUGCCCUGCUGGGUGUGUUUCCUCUUGUUGGAAUCCUCUUCUCUUACUCUCAAAUUGUCUCCUCCUUAAUGGGGAUGUCCUCCACAGAGGGAAAAUAUAAAGCAUUUUCCACCUGUGGGUCUCAUCUCUCUGCGGUCUCCUUGUUCUAUGGGACAAGCUUGGGGGUCUACCUCAGUUCUGCCGUGACCCAUUCUUCCCACAGAAGCUCGAUCGCCUCAGUGGUGUACACCGUGGUCACUCCCAUGCUGAACCCCUUCAUCUACAGCCUGAGGAACAAGGAUGUGAAGGGGGCCCUGGGAAGGCUCCUCAGCCAAGCAGCCUCUUGUCCAUGA